UAUCGGCGAAAAAAAACUUCAACGGUACCCGAACCAAACCACGACUGAUAUCACCUGAUCGGUACUUACAGCUUACAGCCAAAGAAUAUCUUUUAUAAAAAGAAAUCUUCCUUUUUAACAGACCCCGCAGAGAGAUGAGACAUUCGAAAACUACCUCAAGGAAGAUGACGAUGGAAUGAAACUUAAGAAUAAACUGGAGGAGAAGGAGGCGGCCAGAAAGGCUGGCCAAGAAGUACUGAUGAAUUUAGUUUUACAGCACAAGCAAAUGAUAAAUGAGAUGGAAAGUGCACAAUUAGAGCUUCGUAAACAGCAGAACAUCCGGCACCUGACAGGCAACGAAGUUUACGACGACGAAGGCAGAGUGCUUAUUCCAGAGAUAGAGCAACGUUUGUUAAACGUCGUGACGAAUCUGAAAAAAAAUUUGAGCAAUAUGAAAUGUCAGGUUAUGCAAGCGGAAGAUGAGUUAAGGCAGUUAGUCGAGGACGAACUUAAUACUAGUUUCGAGCUUGAGUGUGCGUUUCAAACCUUUUGUCAAAAAACUGUUAACCAAGCAGUAUUAAAAUUAGAAGAAGAUAAACCUAAAGAUGAAGCUACUGCGUUGGAACCGAUCGACGCUACCGAGCAAAUGAGAGUACAGUUUGUCAACCUGCAGAAGAUGAUGCAGCGUAUGAUUGAAAACAAGACUGCACCGAAGAAAGAAUGGCACGGCUACGUGAAAACCCAGAGAAAUUGACGUCGAAGAUGAAAAUCACGGAAUAACAACAGCACAAAUUAUUGGUACACCA